CUCGCCGGGGGCAUCACAAACUCCUAGCAGCACUAGGCCUGCUUCGCCAGGAGCGGCGGAAGGAAAGGGUCUACCGCUGACGGCAGGGAGUUACGAAUGUGUUGCUGAGGACCUGGGGUUCCUGACCUCUGAUAGACAAGGGUCAUGUCAUCUGCUGCAGAGUGCAUUCGGCUGCGAAGGCGGGUGCGGCAAUCAAGAAGGGCCAGAGCUUCCCGCGUACGUCUCCGGGAGUACAAAGUCACUCACGGCGCAGCAGUGUCUAAUACCGAACAACCUGCCGGUCCCAAAAUGCGAAGCACAGCACGUUCUCACACAGCGUCUUUGUGUCUGCAGGAAGCGCGGAAGCCCAUAGACUGCUGCAGUGUGCAGACAUGAGGUUACAUAGAUCAAAGCAGCAAGACCGACCUUCGCGGAAAGAACAUGUGUUGAGCAUGUUGUAGAUGAUAUAAGAGCUUCUCGUCCAGCAGUUACAGUUUUCUUUUCAACGGUAUUGCGCCACUCGAUAGCGACCAAGUUGCGCACUUGAUUUGCAACAAUACUGGCAUCUACAUUCAACACAUCGACGCGUUCGCUGCGACGACGCACGCAACAUUUUUUGAAGCGGUGCCUCCACGUGUAAAUGCGAUCUGCCCGGCGCAUCGGAAAUGGAUCUACCGCAAAGACUUAUAUUAACGGAAGCGCAGCUGACCAUGCUGUUCGCCCUCGAGCAAUAUCGCGGUCUUAAGUCUUCAUCUUCGGUGCGCCAUGGAUCUUUGGGAUGCAGCUACAACAAACUAAACUAGUCUUGGUGAAAGACUCAUGGUCAUACUUCUAUGUAACAAAUUGGUUUGGUUUCAACGAGACGGGUGAAACCAUGAGCUGCAUGGACACUAGCUCUGAAACUCGGACGUGAAUCCACCUCGACAAGACAUGGACGCAUGCUCCAUCGCGACGAGAAGGGCGACACUUAGAUAGAAAUUCAAAUCAAUCGCUGCGAGAAUCUUGCUGCUGGUAUACUCUGAGUAAGUACAUCGGACACUGACACGCACACAUAACAUAGUUGUAGUGUCUACUAGUGUUGCGAUCACUUCGUCGACAAUGCAUCUAUUAUUCAAAUCUUCUUGCUAAUGCUAACCCGAUUCCGAUACAUAAGAAAUACGAAAACAUGGCAGGAGAUUUUGGGUUGAGAGCAUUUUCGUGAAACUAAAUCCGGUCUGAGAUCACCCCCCAGCAGUGAGCAUUUAAUUGCAUGGAGACAGAAUAUUUCGCGGAGAACUCAACACCGAUCAGAGCCAGACUAUUUGGAUCGGCCAAGAGUCGUGAAUAAUGAAUCCCGUAGCCCAAAAAUGGCUGUUGAGUGAAAGAUGAUCGUACGCGACAACAAGUGUGAAAGUGUAAGACCACUCAACAAUUGCCUUGCAUUUUACUCUGUCACUCUGAUUGUUUGUUUCAGGAUGAUCUCCGCGAUAGUGUCAGUACUACUUUCUUGGAAUCAAGGUGAGGAUCUACAUCAUGAUGUGUAUCUAAAUCUAUGAUUCAUCCAGCGUUUUGUGUAUCUGUAAAUCUAUGAUUCAUUGGGUAAGUUUCAUUUUGAAGAUAGCAUUAAAAAAAAAUACACAAUUCGAAUUUCCCCUUUUCGACGAUUCCUUUGAUGUCAACAAUCAGAAACGGGCGGUUAUAUUUUAUCGCGCAGCGAUAUAGAACAAUUUGCAAUACCUCAUGCUAGGGAUAUUCAUUCACUCACUGAAGAAGGAGAAACACGGCUGAGGUUGUAUCGUUAUUUAUCUCUAGUGAAUUAUCGAGAAGUAGACUUAUUGUUACAUAGCAUUGUCUGAAGCUCUUCUUAUAUGUGGGGGUCGUUUCUUCCUACUAGGCUACAGACGUGCGGCAAGAUAGCAUCGUAAGUACAAACACCUAUUCAGCAAAAAAUAACCUGAAGAGCAAAAGAAAUGAUUUGGCCGAAGAAGAUUCAACUCGUCAGAUAUUCAUAUUCAGUGUAGAAUUCCCACACUCACGAAAUCCGGAUGUGUACAUCUUGAAAACAGGGAUUUUCGCUUGAUGCGCAUUGACAUUAAACGUAAAAAUUAAGAACUAUGGUAGCAUCAUUUAUAUUUGGUGUAGAGACAUCACCGAGCGAUAUGGAUGAAAUUUCCCAACAAGAUUGAUACUCGGUCGUGGUUCUUAUCUUGCAUCAAUUUAGAUCCGCAAGUGUUGAACAUCAGCCCCCUGAACUAUCAUCUUCGAAUAUGUUAACGCGAUCUCUGAGAGAAAUUAUUGUCACUAGUACAGAUUGAGAUUCAAUUUGAAAAGUUCUUUAUCAAGAAAUUUUUUUUCUUCCAACCACGACUACAAUUCUCAUUUGUAGGGCAAUUCUGCUUUCCUCUUGAUGUGCCCUAGGAGGAGUAUCAGAAGAG